GUGGCGUCGCCGCCGUGGAAGCAGGACCCGCGAGAGGAGGAGGAGGCGGCCGGCCUCGGCUGACGUCUCCGGGAACGCGGAGGCCCAGGCGUCCGGGCCUGGUUUUCUCUUCCGCCCUGGUUGGUCCCGAAGCCCCGGGAACGAGAGCUCGGCGCUCAGGUCCCGUUGACUGAGGCCUGGCCUGAGCUGCGUCCGCACAGCCCUCUCGGACGCUCGGACACGGCGCUUUCUCUCUCCAAAGGGAAAGUGGGUGGCGGGCGGCGCGGGGCGAGGCCCGGGAGGGCCUGGCUGGGAGUGGCGAGGGUUGUGUGCGGAGGACCGGGCCCCGUUACGUCCUUGGGUUUGAAGGACAUCACUCAAUCCGGUCGGAAUCGUAGCUCUUGUUGACUGUCCACUCAGCCUAACGAAGGUGCUGGUUCCCAUACUGGAAUUUUAUUAGUAGUCCGACCCGUUUAUUAAUUGAAGGUGUGCUGACGGCGUUGCUAAGUAAUUCCUAAUGGGCCUACGUUUGGAGGGAGGAAAACAAUGAGUAAUCAAAACUGACUUGUUUCUCUUGAGUACAGACUGGAUCCUCCAGAGAAGAUUGCAAACUCCCAGAUAUUUAAAACUUUCUCCAGAAAGCUUUACACUCUUCAACUGUACUGUGUUGAUGUGGUUUUUUUUCUUCUUAAAAGAAAAAUCACAAUGCUGGUGUAUGCCUAUAAUCAAUUCCAGCACUAGAGAGGUGAUGCUCAUUGUCCUCCUGGAUAAGAAUGGAGGAAAUAUCCACUGAGGAAACAGCAGGAUCAUCAAGGAUCCAGUUUCAGUUGUUGGAGACCUUACCUGAGUGCGUCUCCUCAGAGCCUCAGUUCGUGCAAGAUACCAGCAUGGAACAGGGACUAACUGGGGCUCCACCUGUUCUGCAGGUGCCUGCUCUUCCCCAUGAGGGAAGCCCAGGAGACCAGGCAGCUGCGCUCCUGACAGCCAGGCACCAGGAGUUUGUGACAUUCGAGGAUGUGGCUGUGCACCUUACUCGAGAGGAAUGGGGAUGCCUGGACCCUGUUCAGAGGGAUCUCUACAGAGAAGUGAUGUUAGAGAAUUAUGGGAACGUGGUCUCACUGGGAUUUCCAAUUUCCAAGCCUGAUGGGAUCUCCCCGCUGGAACAAGAUCUACAGGUCUUUGAUCCUGAAACUAAGGAUAGAGAUGUCUUAAGAGAUGACUGCUCAGAUGGAGAGACCAGAGAAGAAAACAAGCUGUUGAUUCCUAAGCAGAAAAAUGUGGAAGAAGUUCAUUCAUACAAAGUGAGAGUAGGAAGACCCAAACAGGAUAUUGCCCAAGUUCCUGAGACUAGAGAAGUGCAAAAGUCUGAGGACAGAUUAGAAAGGCUUCAGGAAAUACUAAGGAAAUUUCUCUUCCUGGAGAGAGAGUUUAGGCAAAUAACCAUCAGCAAGAAAACCUCUGCCAGUGAGAAGAGCAGCGACUGUCCUGAACCUGAGAAGAGCUUCUAUGCCGACUCUGCCCUUGACACAGACCGGAGGGUUCUCAGGAUACAGACUGUAGACGACAGUAAGUUCCACGUGAACUUUAGCCCAAACUCAUUUGCUGAUAAACAUGAACACAUAAAUCGAACACAGAACCCACAAAGUAGUGAAUACAAAGAAGGCAUCACGGACCUCUCCCACCUUAGCAAAUGGGAGAGCACACUUGCUGCUGAGAAGCCCUAUACAUGUGACAUGUGCGGGAAAGCCUUCCAUCAGAGCUCAGCCCUCACCAGACACCAGAGAAUUCACACGAGAGAGAAGCCCUACAAGUGUAAAGAAUGUGAGAAGUCUUUCAGUCAGAGUUCAAGUCUUAGUCGGCACAAAAGAAUCCACGCUAGAGAGAAACCCUAUAAAUGUGAAGCAUCUGAAAAGUCGUGUGAAACACCUGAUAAAUCCAGUGGUCAGAGCUCAGACAUAACUCAGCAUAAGAAGACUCCCACCAAAGCCAAAUCAUACAAAUGCAGCAGCUGUGAGCGUGUCUUCAGCCGCAGUGUACAUCUCGCCCAGCAUCAGAGAGUGCACAGAGAGAUGCCUUGCAAGUGUGGUGUGUGCGGCCGUGACUUCUGUCAUACUUCGUACCUGGUUGAACACCAGAGACUCCACCAUCAGGAGAAACCUUAUGGGUAUGAUGAGUGUGGGUUGGCUUAUGUGAAACAUCGAGGGGUUCGUUUCAGAGAAAAGCCCUACACGUGCAAAGAAUGUGGGAAAGACUUCAGAUUGAAUUCCCAUCUUAUUCAGCAUCAAAGAAUUCACACAGGAGAGAAAGCGCACGAGUGUGAUGAGUGUGGACAAGCUUUCAGUCAGACCUCAUGCCUAAUUCAGCAUCACAAGAUGCACAGGAAAGAGAAAGCCUAUGAACGGAAUGAAGACGAGGAAAGUUUCAAUCACAGCUCAGAUCUUACCCUGCAACAAGAAGUUCUCGGCAGAGAGAAAGGCUUUGAUUGUGAAGCCUGGGAAAACAACUUCAGUCCACAAGCACAUCUUGCUCCACAUCAAAGGAUUCAGACCAAAGAGAAGCCUUAUGAAUGCAGUGAACAUGGGCAGGCGCUUAGUCCGGUUCAAGCCUCCUUCACCCUCUGAGUUACCACCGGGGCCAAGUUAGUUCUGCACUGGAUGUGGUAAAGCACUCUGCCACUGCUCAGCUCGUUCAGCAACAGAUUUCACAGCAAAAGAAACCCUUUGAAUGUGACCGGUAUUGGAAGUAUUUGGGUGUUUUUCAACUCUUUAUUGGAUCUUGCAAGUCCACACUAGUGAGGAAAGCUGAUGAAUGUAUUGGAUGUAGUCAGUUCUCCACAUUUGGGGAAUUGAUACUGGAAUAAAAUUCCUCUACUGAACUGAACAUGAAAAAGCCAUCAGUAAAAGAAGCUACCUUGAGUGUCAAAUUCAUGCCAUACAGAAAGCCUAUGAAUGUAAUAAAUGCUUCUGUGUGAGAAAAUUCACUCAUAACCCAACGCUCCUUGAGCAUCUAAUGUAGCCCCAGAGAAGUCAUUGGAGUGCAGUGUGUUGGCAGGCCAUGGUCAGAAUGCGUAUACCAAAUGAGGUUCUGGUGGAAUGCAAGUAUUUCAGGCUUUGCCCAACUUCAACUUACUGAAGAGAAAAUUGUUAUUUAUAUAUGAAGUUGUUCGUAUUUUAGUCUCAGUCUUUUCACUGCAGAAGAAGCUAGUCUGAAAGGUAACUUGCUGAAUGCAAUUCAAUUUUCAAAUGGCAUUCUUUUAUUUAAUGUAAGUGUUCUAAGUAGGUACGAGAAUUUUAUUUACAGUACUCAUAAGCUAUUUUUACUAUAGUUUAUAUACAAUUUAUAAUUCUUUGAAAUUGGUUCUUAUUCACUGUUUCUCUAGGAUUUUGUCAGUGCACCAGGGUUAAGACGCCAGGAGUAGAAAGCAGCUCAUGGAGCUUUUCGUGGUGUUCUUGGCCCAAGUUCUCCUAGUACAGACUCUUAGGCCUGCUCUUUUCUGAGGCCCCUACAUUCUGCUCCUUUUCAGUUGCAACACUUAACAUUCCUAUUGGUUUCUGCAUUCUUCUAAGCACCUGCAAGUGAUGAUGUUCUAGUUUUAAGCUCCUCACUAGUAGGUUUGGUAUUGCUGGUCUGGUGUUUUUGAAGAAUUGGAUUUCCCCACCGGCCGUCUACAAGGCCAGAGGAUUCAGUCUCCCUGCGUGCAGCAGGCCAUUAAACAUUUUCAAGUGAUGCCAAGUUUAUAGUUGCCUUUUCUGCAUCCAUAGCCCUCUAAGAAAUAAGGACAUAAGGGAGCCAGGAAGGCUCCUGGUGACCUAGCUGUAUUCAUUCAGUGCCUAUUCUGCAUGUGUUAGUUUAGAAUUCUUCUAUAUGCUUCUAUUGAAGGCCAGCAAAAUGCUCAGGUCUGCUUUUGAUAGAGCAAAUGUAAAGGACCCAGGAAAUGAGAAUAUUGUAAGUGAAUACAGCCUUCCAACAAAGAUGUUGCUGUUCUUCUAGAGACAGUAUUUCAAGAAAGUGGCAGGUCUGUUCUUAGUAAAAAUGUAAGCAUUAUGAUUGCUUCUUUAUCUGUUUGGAUUCUGCCCUUCUCUUGUCGGUCCUCCACGGCCUCCCACAUAACUGGGUCUCUAGGCAUAUGUACCAUGCCUAGAUUAUAUUUUUGUAUUUUGUAGAAUUUACAGGCCACAAAAAAGAACAUGGCUCUUUUUGAUUAAUAAAAAUCACGGGUGUUGGUGUCAUCAUCUAUACCUAAAGAGUUCAUGAUUCUUCAGCUGUUAUCAAAGCAUUCUGUUGUUUUUCCAUUUUAGUCUUUAAAACGUUUUGUGAAUAAGACAAAUGUUACUUAAACUUCAAGUUGUCAGUCAAGCAGUUGGGGCUCUCAUAUUUAGAUGUUAUAAUACUAGGGAUCCUGCACCAAUAUAUUGCUCACUCUGUAAGCCUCUUGUGGCUAACCUCUAGAAUAGCUCUGCCACUAUAGUUUACUUUGCUGUCAGCAAGCAUAGGACACCAUCAGGGCAAGGUAAGGCUGUGAGUUGAUCUAAAUGUAAAAGCAAAUGAAAAAUGCAUGUUUUUGGGUUUUGUUUUGGUUUUGUUUUUUCCUAUCAAACAUGUAUACUCUUACUUGUAGAGACCAAUAGUCCUUCCUCUCUGGUGAUAUGAGACAGAAUCCCUAAAUAUAAAAUGUUUUAAAAAAUCACAUGUAUGCAUUUGAUUUAGGAAUGUGCUUUUUGUAUUUGAAUAAAAGUGUGCUUGAUA